AUGGACGAAAAGACUGAGUCCAUUCAAUCAAAGAAAACUUCCCCAUACAUUUCCAUAGAAACAAUACCAUUAACCGAUAAACAAACCAAAGACAUCAAGAAAUUGGGACUCACCCCUAAACCUCAAGUUAAGAUAGUCACUAAUGAAAAGGGAGAACGUAUAAUCCAUGGUCGUUUCUUACACAUCACUGACAUCCAUCCUGACCCUUACUACAAGGCUGGCUCAUCUCUUGACGAAGCCUGUCACGCAGGUAAAGGAACUGCAGGAAAGUAUGGUGAUGCCAUUUUGGGAUGUGAUGCACCUAUGAUUUUAAUGGACGAUACCAUUGCCUGGAUUAAGGAAAACCUUAAGGAUAAGAUUGAUUUUGUCGUUUGGACCGGGGAUAAUGUUCGUCAUGAUAACGAUAGACAAUACCCUAGAACUGAAUCACAAAUUUUCGACAUGAACCAACACGUUAGUGAUUUAAUGUAUGAAGUAUUCAAGAAAAACGACUCCACCCCAGGACUUGAUGUUGACUUGGUUCCUUCCUUGGGAAACAAUGAUGUUUAUCCUCAUAAUUUGUUUAGUCCGGGACCAACCUUACAAACCAGAGAAUUAUACAGAAUUUGGCAAAAAUUCAUCCCCCCUGAACAAUUGCAUACAUUCAAUAGAGGUGCCUAUUUCUUCCAAGAAGUGAUUCCAAACAAGUUGGCUGUCCUUUCUAUCAACACAUUAUACCUUUUCCAAUCUAAUCCUUUAGUGGACAAUUGUGACAAGAAAAAGGAGCCAGGUUAUAAAUUGUUUGAAUGGUUAGGAUAUACUUUGAAAGAAAUGAGAGCUAGAAAUAUGAAAGUUUGGCUUUCUGGACAUGUUCCUCCUAAUGAAAAGAAUUUCGAUAUUUCUUGUUUGAGAAAAUAUAUUGUGUGGAUGCAUGAAUAUAGAGAUAUUAUCAUUGGUGGUCUUUACGGUCAUAUGAACUUGGAUCAUUUCAUUCCUUUGGAUUCGGUGGCUGCUUAUAAAUCUAUAGAUAAUGCCAACAAGGACAAGAAGAAAAAGAAGAAGAAGGGAAAGAAAUCAAAAAGCAAAGGUAAAGGCAAAAAGAAGUCUAAAAAGAACAGCAUUGAUGAAUUUGAAGCUGAAUUCUUUGAUGAUUCAGUGUAUGAUUCAGAUUAUGACUCUGAUUUCGAUGAUGACUAUACUGCUCCACUCGAAGAAACAAACUUCUACCGAGUAUUUGAUGAAAACUUUGACAAGGACUUCUUCCGUGUUCAAGGUGGUGUUCCAAACGGUAAAGUGAAAUAUAUGGAAACUCUUAGAGAAACCUUGUAUGCUGACAUCAAAGGAAAGAGAAAAUCAGGAUACCUUUCUGAGCGUUAUUCGAUUGCCCAUGUUACUGCAUCAGUUAUUCCUACAUUCAACCCUGGUCUUAGAGUAUGGGAAUAUAAUAUCACCAAUUUGGCUGAAGAUCUUGCCGGUGUCAAGUUUGCCCCUUGGAAUGAAUUCUUUACUGGCUUAGACCAAAUGUUGGAAUCAUUUGAUAAGUACGAUACAGAACCAGAAGCCGAAGAAGACGACUCAUUCUUUAGUAUCUUUGGCAAGAAAAACAGAGACAAGACUUUCCCACUUCCAAUGCCCGAGGAUAAAGAACUUGGUCCUGGAUAUGUUAAACAAACAUUUACUCCUGAACGUUAUGUUCAAUAUUAUGCCGAUUUGGAGAAUAUAAACCUGGGGAAAAAGGACUUUGGCUAUGAAAUUGAAUACUCCACUACUGACGACUUGUACAAAAUGGACUCAUUGGUUGUCGAUGAAUGGAUCAAGUAUGGUCGUAAAUUAGGAAAGCCAAUCAAGGACCAAAACAAUGAAGCUGAAGCAGCUGGUAAAAAGAGAAAGUCCAAGAAGAAAAAGAAUGGUAAAGAGAAAGUUGAUUAUGAAAAGUUAGGAAAGAUCUGGAAUGAAUAUUUAAAGAACACUUUUGUCAGCUCCGACUACGAAAACAGAGGCUACGGUUAA